CAAAGCUGUUGAACCUUUUAAUAAUGGGAACAUACUUUAGUGCUCAAACAACUGAAUCAACGUUUUACACUAGUGAACAAAGUCAGGUAGAAGUGUUGUCAGAACUUGAAGACAAGUUAGAUGUAUGGAAUGGGAAAAUAAAAGCACUCAGGUUGAAGAUCGAACAUUCAGAAUGUAUCAGAAAAUUCUUGCCGAGUGAAAUAAGAGCAGCGUCGGAAUAUCUUCGAACCAAGCUGAUUGAAGUACAAGGAGUCGGAUACCAUGCACCUCAAGCGAAGUCUGAUCAUGAAAACAAUCGACCACCAUCCGUCUCUGAACCCGGACAAGAAAAGAAGAACAAAUAUAACCCUGUACAGACAAACUCAUACGAAGAGCUUCAGACUUGUCUGGUCAAUGCGUUGGAACACAAUGCCCGCCUCGAGGAAUCAAACAAACGGCUUUUGGCACAACUCGAAGAUCUUUCACUUAGACUAAGCAGAUUGGCAGGUGAAAGACUGACUGAUGGAAACCCUAACAUCACCGAUCUAAGUGAUCGCAACAGACCAACAAAGCUUGGAGAGGUGUACAGUGAAUUGUACGACAACGAAUGGACAAACGCUUUUGACGGAUUGAUUAGAUCGGGUUACGACGAGUUGGAGGCAAUUCAAACUUUAAAGCUUACACUGCUGAACAUAUACGACUUUUGUGGGAAAAAGGCGGAAACAAUGCUGACUCAGACAGAAGAAGCUGUAAAUUGUUUAUUUAAGGAGUAUAAAAUGCUGACAGGGAAAAAGAAUGCACGACCACAUCUAACAGUUACAAGGAAUCAGUCCCGGGAAAUACGGCGAUCUUUAAAUAAAUUGAUGCAGGAAUAUCUCCUCCAAUCAAAGUGGAAACCAAAGACUCCUGCUGCUGCUGCAGAUCGCAAACUCGAACCUACAUACGAUGUGAGUUUAAAACCCGAGAGCAAAUCUCGUGACCAAAUCACAGCAUACGUCCUUUAG